AUGAAGCUUCUUCUGUUAGCUGUUUGUGUAAUCGGAACUGCCACGAGUUACGAAAUCGUUCCAAGAGCCACUGGACUUCGAUCAAAAGGAGAUGUUCGACGAUCCCCACUCUCGUCAAUUUCUUCUUUCGCUCCUCUUGCCAAAUCCCUUCGUCCCGCCUCCACAGGAGUCCGUCGUGCUCCAGCAGUCGUCACGAUCCCAACUCGUCGAGCAUAUCGUCCAGCUAAUCCACCAAAACGAGUUCCAAUGACUCUUCCACUUCUUCCACCACUUCAACCACUUCCACUUCCUCAAUUCAUUCCAGUCCCAGUUCCAGUUCUAUCUCCACAAGAUCUUCCAACACUUCCUACUUUGGCUCCACAUACUUUCCCAACAUUCACUCCAAUUCCUGGAAUGCCAACUAUGCCUGGAUUGACAAUGCCUCCAAGUUUCCAACGUCUUCUUGGAAUUACGACGACAACGAUGAAACCAGCUGAAAAAUCAAUGGAAAAUGAGGAAUCCGAGUCUGAAUCAAGAUCAGAGUCCAGAGCUUACAGUGCCCCAACGUACAAUAAAGACCUGAAUACAGUCAGAUCGAGACUUUCGAAGUUCGUGAGAGGAAGUGAAAAGAAGGCAUCAAAGGCCGAGGAUAAUGCCGAUUGGAUUAUUCCUUUCCAUUGA